AUGGCGGCGGCUUGUUCUGCGAGGUCUGGACGGCUGCGGGCGUUUGUCCAGCGGCAUCAGGCUACACGGUGGUUCUCUGAGAAUGGCGACAAAGGCUGGUUCCGUUCCUUAUUUGUCCACAAAGUAGAUGCCAGGAAAGAUGCCCACUCCAACCUGCUGUCAAAGAGGGAAACCAGCAACCUGUACAAAAUCCAAUUUCAUAACGUCAAACCUGAGUGCCUGGAGACGUACAACAGUCUUGAGGCAGAGGUGCAGAAUAAGCUCCAUCAUGAUGAGGAUUACCCAUGUGAGGUGGUGGGGAGUUGGAAUACUUGGUAUGGAGAGCAAGAUCAAGCUGUGCAUCUUUGGCGAUACAGAGGAGGGUACCCUGCUUUGACUGAAUGCCUUCAAAAGUUGAACAAGAACAAGGAGUAUUUGGAUUUCCGGAAAGAACGGGCCAAGAUGCUGAUCUCAAGACGUAAUCAGCUUUUAUUGGAGUUCAGCUUUUGGAAUGAACCCCUAUCCCGCCCUGGACCUAACAUCUAUGAAAUGCGUACAUAUAACUUAAAGCCUGGGACCAUGAUUGAAUGGGGAAACCACUGGGCGAGGGCCAUCAAACACCGACAGGAGAACAAUGAAGCAGUGGGGGGAUUCUUCUCUCAGAUUGGUGACCUGUAUGUCGUUCAUCAUUUGUGGGCCUAUGAAAAUUUACAGUCACGUGAAGAAACGAGAAAUUCUGCCUGGCAAAAGGAGGGAUGGGAUGCAAGUGUCUAUUAUACAGUACCUUUGAUUAGAAGUAUGGAGUCUAGAAUAAUGAUCCCCACCAAAAGUUCACCUUUGCAAUGA